GGCCCAGAUGCAUCCAGGGUCAUACAGCCACAGAUGAACAGAAUCUCAUCUUAAAUCCUGAGUAGUAACUUAAACCAGAUGAUGAGUUUAAGAGAAGGAACUGUCUCCAGUGAUACCACAGAUCAAAGAACAGUCUUCACCAUGACAGAAUGGAAGGACGAAUUACUCUUGAGAAACACAAUUGCACAAGUAGUCAUUGCUGUCAGCGUUAUUAUCCUGUAUUAAUAGCAGGACGUGUGUGUCCCAUGUUGAGUAGUAACAGCAAUGAAGGCCUCCAAGAAGAUGAAUAUCUUCCGCCUACUCCUGGCCACACUGCUGGUCUCCCUGUGCUUCCUCACUGCCUACAGCCACCUGGCACCUGAGGAAAAGCCCAGGGAUGACAGAAGCCUAAGGAGCAACUCCUCCGUGAACCUGUUGGAUUUCCCCUCUGUCUCUAUUGUAGCGCUGAACAAGAAAUCCAAAAAGAUCAGCAGAAAAGAGGCGGAAAAGAAGAGAUCUUCCAAGAAAAAGGCUCCCAUGAAGAACGUGGCUGAGACCCGGCCCCCGCCACCCACCCCCUGCGUGGCCACUCGUGACAGCUGCAAGGCGCCGGCGCCGGCCUGCUGCGACCCCUGCGCCUCCUGCCAGUGCCGCUUCUUCCGCAGUGUCUGCUCCUGCCGCGUGCUCCGCCCGGUCUGCUGAGCGCGCCCAGCCGCCUCCAGGGGGCGGGUGAUUUCUAAUAGGUGUGGCUUCCCGGGACCCUGGCGCGGGCGUAGUUGCUUAGGUUGGGGCGGAGCUUUCAGAGGCGGGACUUCAAGAAGACUUGGCUUGGGGCUAAAACCCAAAAACCCAAACAUAUGGAGGCCACUCCAAGGUGUGUGGCUGUUUCUUUAAAGGACCCCAAAGAUCCUUUCCCUUCCUCCUGGCCCCUUCACAGCGGAAGACCCGUGGACUGCGCAUGCUCUGUCUCCUGGGCCUGGGAAACCCGAUUUCCCCGGCCCUAGGAUUGCACUCUCCUUAAGCGCUUCUCUGCGGGAGACAGAUGUUACUCCCUACCUUUAAA